GUCCCCACCAUCUUACUCAGCUCUCACGCUCACCCACGACUACAUCUUGCCAGUUUUCAUUCCUUGAAGACUUACCACGAAGAGCUUUCAAAUGAAAGAUUUGGAGAGAGAACGGUUAGGAGAAGAUGGACGGCCGACAAGUCCUCUGCUUCUCGAAGAAGUCUCUGGAUGGCAGUCAUGGCAGCUCCGUCACGUCUUCAAGCGAUCCUGCAGUCACGCCACUUGUUGUUUUUAGCACUCUCGUCGCCGUUAGUGGCUCUUUCGUUACUGGGUGUGCUAGUGGUUAUUCUUCACCAGCUGAGUCAGGCAUAAUGGAGGAUUUGGGCCUCUCCACAGCAGCGUAUUCACUUUUCAGUUCAAUAAUAACAGUUGGAGGCCUAAUAGCAGCUCUGGUAAAUGGGAGGGUAACAGAUUUGAUUGGGCGUAGACGAGCAAUGUGGCUUUCUCAAAUAGUUUGUGCUGCGGGAUGGCUUUCCAUAGCAUAUGCCAAGAAUGCUUGGUGGCUGGAUAUUGGGAGACUGCUAAACGGGCUCGGCAUUGGGUUUAUAUGUUACGUGGUACCUGUGUACAUUGCAGAGAUAACACCUAGAAGUGUCCGGGGAGCAUUCACGGCAUUCAAUCAGUUCAUGUUAUGCUGUGGAUUUUCAUUGAUUUACUUUCUUGGAACCAUUGUCUCCUGGCGCAUCUUGGCUCUGAUCAGUGUAAUUCCCUGUGUCGUACAAAUUUUGGGUUUGUUCUUUGUUCCAGAGUCUCCUAGAUGGCUGGUAGUAGUCCACCAAGAGAAGGAGUUUGCAGUUGCAUUACAGCGACUCAGAGGCAAAGGUGUCAGUAUUACUCAGGAAGCAGCCGAUAUCAGAGACCACACAGAGAUGUUUGAACGGCAGUCUCAGUCUAGAGUUCUGGAUCUGUUCCAAAGACGAUAUGUUCAUCCACUUAUGAUAGCAGUUGGGCUGAUGACGCUUCAACAAUUUGGUGGGGCUAAUGCAUUUGCCUACUAUACAGGCUCCAUAUUUGAAUCAGCUGGCUUCUCAAGUAGCUUUGGUACCAGAAGCAUAGCUAUUAUCCAGAUCCCAGCAACUGCUCUUGGCGUAAUCUUGACUGAUAAAGCCGGAAGACGACCACUUCUGAUGAUUUCUUCAGCUGGGAUGUCCUUAAGUUGCAUUCUUCUAGGAUUGUCAUUCUUGAUUCAGGACCUUAAUCAUUGGAAGGCAGUGACGCCAAUUUUGGCGUAUGUAGCAAUUACUGUGUAUUCCAUAGCUUACUCAAUUGGCAUGGGGGGAUUACCAUGGGUUAUCAUGUCUGAGAUAUUCCCUGUAAACAUCAAAGGGGCAGCCGGGAGCCUGGUGACAUUCACCAAUUGGUCCUGUUCCUGGGUUGUGACUUAUACUUUCAACUUCAUGUUCGAAUGGAGUGCACCUGGGACAUUUUUCAUAUUCGCGUGCAUAUGCGGUCUCACGGUCUUGUUCACCAUGAAGGUAGUCCCCGAGACCAAGGGGCGAGCAUUGGAAGAACUGCAAGCAUCACUUGCCCAUUUUCUUUAAUGAUUAUGAGCCGCAGGGUGUUGGAACUUGAAUUGGUACGAGCCAAACACAAGCAGCACUGUUAGGAAGGCUGACAGGAGGCUUUUUGUUGCAAAGUAUAAAUGCAAUGUGAAAACGGGGAGGAU